AUGAAUGAAACCACUUAUUUCUUCACAUUCGGAGACUCAUAUACAUCCACUGGAUUCAAUCCGCAUGGGACGUAUCCUUCUGCUGAGAAUCCUAUGGGAAACCCAUCCCUAGGCGAAGGCACAUCAGCGGGAGGCAUCAACUGGGUGGGAUAUCUAACAGCAGUGCUCAACACGAGUCUCAUGUUAAACUAUAAUCUCGCUAUCAGCGGCGCAUGCAUUAACAAUUCAGUCAUCCGCGGCGUACCUGGAGACCUGGUAUCGCAGGUCAAGUCGUUCGCAAUUCAUUAUGCAUCGCAGCCCGCCUGGGCUCCUUGGAGAUCAGAAAAUUCUGCAUUUGCUAUCUGGAUCGGUAUCAAUGACAUCGGAGACUCGUAUAUGGAUGCAGAUGUCGAUUCCACGCUUCCAGUUCUGCUUGAGUGUUACUUUAACCUUGUUAAAGAUCUCUAUGAGGCGAAUGCGCGGCGAUUUAUAUUUCUCAAUAUCCCACCGACGACUCGAUCACCUCGGAUCAAGGGAGAGAAUCACACGGCCGUGCACGCAGAGUUUGUGCAACGAUACAAUCAGGCAUUGAAGGAUAAAAUUCACGCGUUUAGCCAAAACCAUCCAGAUACCUCGGUGCUAGAACAUGAUACUUGGACUUUCAUGACAGAAAUGCUUGACAACGCCCCUUUCUACGGGUUCGAAGAUGCGGAAUGUCAGGGAACAGGAUGUUUAUGGUUCAACGACUACCAUCCGACAUCGAAUGUUCAUGAAUUAUUGGCUGCGGAUUUGUUGUCGCGCAUGAGAGUUGUCAACGGUACUUGA